UCACUAACCAAUCAACGUGCGGCACCAAAUAUGAACCGCUUGUUUUAGUGCGCGAGGUUUUAAUGAGCUGCAGGUGACACCGGGGCACGUGGGAAGGAAGGAGGGAGAGAGAACUACUGCUUCAUCAAAGCGAAAAAGUGAGACGUGUACUUUGUUCACUAGCUGUAGGGACCCUAAGUAGGGGACAUGGAGUGUGCAGGAUGGGUUAAGAAACUCGUGCAUCACCAAACGUGUGACUUCACACACACUCACUCGCACAGUGAGGAUGUGAGGCCAUGUGGGCAGGAGCCUGUACACUUCAGCUCGAUGGACACGCCGAAGGAGAAUCUGCUCAGCUCCCAGAGACGGGGAAGAGAGAGACACUACCUGUCUCACACUCAGUUGUGUGAGACUCCCAAACUCACCAAGAAAGAUGCGUCUCUGCGCAGACGUCUCCUCUCCUCCAAAUCUAUGACCGACAUGAAGACGAGUGUCUCCAAGACGCCGAGCUGCAGGGACACGUACACGCACGGCAUGUCUGAAUCUCUGGAUGCCCUCCUCGGCGGCCCGCUCUCCUAUAGCACGCUGAGGUCAGACACAGUGACUGCGUCUUGCAUGAAGCGCCGUCUGGUGUUUUCUCAGGCUGUGACCUCCACACUGGAGGAUGGGAGGGACGGGAUGAGCCCCCCUUUGUCUGAGCCGGACUUGGACGAGAGCAUCAUCUCGGGACUUUUGCUGUCUGAAACACCGGAAAUGCCACGGGAACGAGAUGGCUUCCGGACCCCUGUGACCCGUCUAGCUGCUGACCUGUCUGAGAAUCUGAGUGUGCUGAGCACUCCUUCGCACACUCCGCUCUCAGGGCUAGACCUGUCUGAGGACAGUGGCUUUGGCUCGCUGCGACUGGACGGCUCAGAAGAUGGUGGUGAUGAUGGCUCAUUCCAGGAAGGGGCACCACAUGUCACGCUUGGCCGAGACCACCGCCGCUCAAGACUCGAACACCAGCGCAGACUUUCCACACUCCGGGAGGGCUCCCAGUCAGAUGAAGAGGUCAAAGGUCAGCGUGUGAAUGGGCAGGACCUAAAGUUGGACGAAGAGGUGUUUGUACAGACUCCGACCCUCAGGGCGACACAACGUGACCUGUCACUCACUCCAGCAUUACAGGCCAUGGAGGCUCUUGGACGCUCAUUCACACUCUCACAUGAACUCGACCAGCCAAUCACCACCUGCCUGAACCUCUCUCACAACCUUGAGGAGCCAAUCACAACACGCCUGCCGCUCUCACACCUGAUUGGCCGGAAGAUGGGUUUAGGCAAGAUGGAUGUUCUCACUGAGCUCCAUGUGAGGAACCUGUACCACAUCCUGUCCUUCAUCCUGCAGCUGCUCUCCACCAGAGACAUAUACACGUGUACUGAGGUGUGUGACUCCUGGAGUGAAAUAAUCCUGCAGGACAGGAAAGCCAAUCACAGAAGGAGGACUUACAAACGAGAGCAAAAUCACACACUAGAAAUGGGUAGAGCAGCUCGUGUUGUGGAUGCAGAGACGCGGUUAACGUUAGCCUGCCGCUCGGCUCUCAGCAGUGUUCAGGCUCAGGCUAAAACUCCCAGCACUCUCACACACACCCCUGCAACCAGCAGUGCUCACACACACACACCACCCUCCCUCAAACGCCAACAGUUCUUGCAGGUUGCGAAGACUCUGUUCAGUGACGAGUGUUUGCGUCCAUGUCCCCGGUGUGAACAUCCUGCUCGCUGUCACUCUGUAAAAGCUGAAGGUGUGUGUAGCUGGAGUGAGUGCGUGUUCCAUUUCUGCACUUCCUGUCUGCGGGCCUAUCACGGUUCAGCUGACUGCACACGCCUUCCCAAAACGCAUGCACGCAGGAGGGGGCGGAGCCAGCUGUUACCAGGCAGUGCACAGAGCAAACGCAAUGUCAAGAGACUGUGACCCAAACACCAAGAGGAGCUCAAACAUGUUCAUGAUGGGGAGAUGUGGGGGGUGUGUGUGUGUCAGGGUGAGUGGGUGUUCUCAGGCUGCUAAGUAGUGUGUAUUCCCUCGCUGCUAGAAAGUGUUAUGAUGAACUCUGACCUCACAUUAUGUCCAGUACACACUGCUUCUAGAUGUGUCCUUAAGUAGUUGUUUGUGUGUGUGUG